AUGUCCCCCCCGGCCUCGGCGGCCGCCGCCAGCGAGGGAGGCAGCAGCACGCCGGUGCCUCCGGAGGAGGAGGCGGAGGGGGCCAGAGAGGAGCAGCGGCCAGUGAAGCAGUCUCUCAGCAAGUCCCUGUGCCGAGAGUCCCACUGGAAAUGCCUGCUGCUGUCCCUCCUCAUGUAUGGCUGCAUGGGAGCCAUGACCUGGUGCCACGUCACCAAGGUGACCCGGCUGACCUUCGACAGCGCUUACAAGGGCAAGUCCAUGAUGUACCAUGACAGCCCCUGCUCCAACGGCUACGUCUACAUCCCCUUGGCUUUCCUGGUGAUGCUCUACGUGGUGUACCUGGUGGAGUGCUGGCACUGCUACACGCGCAACGAGCUGCAGUACAAGGUGGACGUGGAGAGCGUGCACGAGCGCGUGCAGCGGAUGCAGCAGGCGACGCCCUGCAUCUGGUGGAAGGCCAUCAGCUACCACUACGUCCGCAGGACCCGGCAGGUCACCCGCUACCGCAACGGGGACGCCUACACCACCACCCAGGUGUACCACGAGCGGGUCAACACCCACGUGGCAGAGGCCGAGUUUGAUUACUCCAACUGCGGGGUCAAGGACAUCUCCAAGGAUCUCAUCGACCUGGAGAGCUACCCAGCCACACGGCUCCGCUUCACCAAGUGUUUCAGCUUUGCCAACGUGGAGUCCGAGAACUCCUAUCUGACCCAGCGGGCCCGCUUCUUCACGGAGAACGAGGGCCUAGACGAUUACAUGGAGGCCAGGGAGGGGAUGCACCUCAAAAAUGUGGACUUCAAGGAAUACAUGGUGGCCUUCUCUGACCCAGACAACCUGCCUUGGUAUGUAUCUCACUAUGUCUUCUGGGUGGCAGCUCUGCUGACCUUAUCCUGGCCCCUGCGGGUGCUAAAUGAGUACCGCACCUCCUACGUCCAUUACCACGUGGAAAAACUCUUUGGGUUCGAUUACGUGGCGGUGACGCCGGCCGAGGAGCGCUCCUUCUGCCGGAGGAUGCCCCGUGUCAACACGGUGGACAGCACAGAGCUGGAGUGGCACAUACGCUCCAACCAGCAGCUGGUGCCCAGCUACUCGGAAGCGGUGCUGAUGGACUUGGUGGGGCUCUCCGGCUGCACCAGCUACUCUGCCUGCCGCUACGGGGGCUACCGGCAGAACUGCGAGCGCUGCCACAGGACUAUAAGCAGCUCCUCCAUCUUCUCCCGCAGCGCUCUGAGCAUCUGCAACGGCAGCCCCAGGAUUCCCUUCAGCAGCAGCCGCUUCUCCCUGGGCCGCCUGUACGGCUCACGCCGCAGCUGCCUCUGGCAGAGCCGGAGUGGCAGCCUGAAUGAGCAGAGCUGCCCCACUGAGCAGACACGCCUCUCCAGCCAGGUGACUGUGGAGGAGGAAGACCCCCCUCCUUAUCAGGAUGCCCUCUACUUCCCCGUCCUCAUUGUACACCGCAAUGAAGGCUGCCUGAACCACGACCACCGUCACCUCCACCGCAAUGGGUCCUGCGUGGAGACCUCACUGUGAAAGCAGAAGGCGGUGAGAUCUCAUUGUCCAUUGCCCAGCCCAAGCCGGCGCAGGAUUUGGGGAGAGGAGCACGAGGGGGAUAGCCCAGGAGGACAUCAGGAUGGAGUGGACAUGGCAUCCUGCUCUGGCAGCCAGCGAAAGCUUCCCCCGCUGUGGCUCUGACCUCCUCCCCAAGGGGUGGAUGCUGAUGCUCCCCCUGACAUGGCACAGAACUCUCGACCGAUCACCACAUGCAAAAAAAAACAAAAACAAAAACAACCAAACCAACAGCAAGACCAUAAUUCAUGGUAUCAAGACCCAAAGGGGGGAAUAAAACAACAGGCCUGAUGCAGGGAGGGGGUGGCUUUGACUCCCAGCCCUGGCUCCAGGCUGGCUCGUGCUCCAAGGAACCAGCAGCCACCAAAAAGCACCCUGCUGCACCCCUGCCCACCCUGCUUCCCACACUGGAGCGAGACCCCUGACAGGGUGGAGGAGAGCAGGCCCCUUGGAG